GAUGCCAAAACUAGCCGGCCCAAACCGCAGGACGGCAAGCCCACGGCGACACGGGUUGGGACCCCCAGCCCCCGCAGCUCUGGUUCGAAGCCCGGCCUCGGCAAGACGGCCACCACCAGCCCCAAGAAACCGGAGGGCGGAGGUUCGCCGAUGCCGGUGAGUAAGUCCUCCAAACCCAAGCGGCCGGCACCGCCCCUGUCUGCCAGUGGGGAGCCGCCAAAGGAAGAGGAGCCGCAGAAGCCUGCGGACGGCGCAAAGGGUGCCGCUGUCGCCGUUGCCGCAUCCGUAGCAGCAGCCGCCGAGGCAACACCCACGGAGCCCCAACUCGCGGCAGAGCAAGAGCCGGUUUCAGUCGGCCCACGAGAGGAGCAUCUCGAGCCUGAGCUGGAUCUGCAGCCAACGUCUACGACGGAGGUUGAGCCAGUCGUGGAAACCCUAGCUCAAGAAGUACACCAGGCUCCCCCUAGUGUUGAUGUGCUGUUACCGCCAUCCUCACCUCCAGGUCCAACUGAAAGACGGUCUUCACUAGAUGAUCAAAGUCUGCUAUCACCUAAGAUUAGUGUGGCUCCUAAAAAUUUGUCCCCGGAGAUGGGGGAACAAGAAGACGGUGUAGAGAAGGUUUGUAAACCAGUAAUGGAGGAGGAUUUGUUGGUUCCUAAGAAUGUACAUGCAGAACUUGUUGAUUUGGUGGUACAGCCUGAGCUCACCACUGUGGUACCAGCUGAGGGUUUCACAGCUGAAACGCUAGUCCUCCUGGCUCAUGAGCCUGGGCAGCCGGUUGAAAAGGCAGAUGAAGAGAUCAAUGAAGAUAAUGACUAUGGUGGUGAUGUUGAAGAGGAGGAGAAGGAGGUUAGUCAGCAGAUAUCGGUGUCUGAGAUGAGUGGGACUCAGCCUACUGAGGACUCCCGGCCUGGUUCUGCAGGACUCACUGGGUCCAUGUGGCGGGGUGGUGCCCUGGUGUCAGAGCUGGACUCUGAGGAUGUUAGUUGCAGCCAACAGGGGGCAUCAGAGCUGAGUGCACCAGGUGUGCUGGAAGGCACAGAGAGUCUGGAUGACCUAGGCGAAGCCAGCCUCAAAGGUGCUGAUGGUGAAGGAGCAUCUGCGGGUUCUCCUGACCUCGAGAUUGUGCCAGACAUUCCGGCUAAUGAGGAGGAUGAAGAUGAGGAAGACGAAGAGGACCGUGUGUGUGACAUGGAGGUAGGCUCCGAGAGGGCGGAGGACCCUCGUAGGGCACGACAGGAGGGUGAGGAUGAAGAAGAGGACGAAGAUGUCGAGAUGGCGAGCGAAGGUGUGACUGAGAGUGGACUGGAAAGCUAUGGUAAUGCAGAUGAGGACGAUUUUGCUGAGGAUGAUAGGCUAGACAACCUGAACCGUGCACAGCCCCCCCUCCUGUUCUCAACAGCCCCAGCUCCACAUUGGGUCCAGGCCAACCCAUUGGGUGAAUCCUGUACACAGCCCCCACCGCUAGCUGCCUCUGCACUGCUUGUGAGCCCUUCCUCUGACCCCUGGCAAGCAGACCCAGAUACACCCAUUCAAACUCCUGCUGAACCUUGGAUGGUGCUUGGUGCUCCAGUCAUUCCCCAAGUUCAGGAGCCAGUCUUCCACCUCCAGGUUACUCCAGAGCCACGAAGUGAUGUCCAGCUGCCUCCUGUGGCACCUGCCGUGGAGGAGAACCUGAUGUCCGUGGAGCCCACAGGCCUGCCUGUACCUGCCCGGGGCAUGUCCCAGUCGAGCACUCUCAGUGGGACGGAGCUGGCUGCCCAGAGCAGCAGCGACACCAGCACGCCCGAGGAGCUGCGUGAGUACAACAGUAGCUCUGGAGUGGAGUCUGACGACAAACUGAAGACUCCAGUGCCCCAGCAGCAGGCUGAUGUCGAGCAGGACACGAGCAUCCCCCUGGAAAGGGGUGAGGGAGAGGAGGAGGAGGCAGAGACCCUCCCAGCCGACGAGGUCCUUGGAGGUCCGGCAACCGCACCGACAUCGGAUCCCUCCUCUCCCUCGGCCUCAGGAGACGAGGCGAGCGACACUGAGGGAGAGAUGCUGGUCCACGACCCCGGCACACUGGGUUCCCAGACCUUGCCAGCUACAGAAGAGCGUGAGGAGGCUGGGCAGCUGCCCUACGGGGAGGGCGAGGAUGGUGGAGACACGCCCCAGUCUGCCAACUCUGUAGCAUCCUAUGGUUUCGACUGCACUACGUCCAACUCUAACGCCCACUCCACCCAGAGCCCCGGCAUCUUCUCCCUGGAGAACGAGGACCCGCUGCUUGAAGAGACCAAGGACCCGACCAUCAAAGAGCUCACUCUGGGGGCCGCUACGGCAGAGCCGCCCCUGGGGGCCCCCGUAGACCUCCUGCCUCUCAGCGCCCUCGGGGAGAUUCAGUCCAACCCAGAGGAGCAAGAGUAUAUGCUGUGUGGAAAGCUGGUGGCAGAGCUGCCCGAGCAGAGUCCUGUAGGGGAGACUGCCCCCCCCAAGGCCGGCCUCCCCCUCACUCCCCAGGAGGCCAGGGAAGGCACCAACGGCCAGCCUGCAUACUACUCCGCUAUUUGUGAAAAGACUGAUAGCGUUCUUGCAGGAGGCUGUGAGCUCCAGUCCAAUCAGCAGCCACCGCCAACCCAAUCACAGGCCAAUCACGUGGGCUCUGUAGCAUGGAAAACCUACAGUCAGCCUCCGUCAGCUCACCUGAGCCCGGCCCAGCAGCCCACCGACCUACAGUCCAGAACACCGCAGGCACAGCCCAAUCUGCAGCUGCGCAGACUGGAGCAGCACCAGAAGCAUCUGCAGCAAAUCCAGGAGCGGCAGGAGCAGCAAAACCGUGACAGGCGCAAGCAGCUGGAGCUUGAGGCUGAGCUCAGGGAGCUGGAGGAGGAGGAGAAUGAGGAGGAAGAUGAGGAAAAGCUGUGGCGGGAGCAGCGGAGGAAGCUGGAGAAGCAGCGUCAGGACCUCCUUCAGCUCCAGUUCCAACACCAGCAGCAGGAGCUCAAGCACCGGCAGCAGAUCCUACAGUGGCAGCAGGAGCUGGUGCAGCAGCAGCACAAUACUCAGUCUGCGGUCCUGCAGUCCCCGACAUCUGUUCUCUGCACCAUCUAUGAAGCCGGGGAGGCAAGUGAUGAAGAAGAGGAGAAGGUGGGUGACGAUAUGGUAGAGGAGAAGAAUUCAAAGCUGGAAGAACUGCUGACAGUUGAACACCAAGAGGGUGGGAUGGAGGAGGGGGAAAAGGGCGAAGAUUCCCAAGUCGAUCAGGGUGAUUCAAAGAGCCCUGAACUGGCCCCAUUACAGAGGCCCACAAAGCUCUCUCCCCAUGCUGACCAGGCCCAGUUAGACCUGGAUUGGGACAAAAAGGUGGAUAUUGUCCAGCAGCUAAUCAACCAGACCCUUCUUCUAGCGGGAGAUGGAUGCCCACCUCUGCUGCUCCUGCCUGGUGGGGGUGGGGGUACCCUGAGCCCCCUAGAGAGCAGCAUGUGGCCCACUUUGCUGCCCCCUCUCACCCCCCCCUCUGCCACCGUCACCUCAGUCAGCAGCUUCUCCCCUGAGGACCAGGGAAGCUCUCCCCAGGGGGAAUGGACAGUAGUGGAACUGGAAACCCACCACUGAGGAGGAAACACUCCCCUUGCCGGUGUUGGUGGGGGUGUCCUUCACAGCACUGUCACACUGCACUGUCACACACUCAGUACCAAUAAUUCCCCAUGCUGUGAUUAACCUGAAGCUCUUGCAUAGAGAUUUCAUUCUAUAAUGGAACACACAUUUGCCAGAAAGAGGUAUGCACUGUCCUAACACUUUCAUCCUGUCGAUAAAAGUAUUUGCCAUUC